CCAGUUGUUUUAUUCUUUUUGGCUUUUUUGGCAGCAGCAAAGCCAUGUUUGACAUCGCAAGUCCCAGACGAGAUGAAGAAUCAAUGUGAUCAAAAGCUGCUCAUUCGAAUGAAAACUGAAUGCGUGCCUUGCUCUUUAAACCUCAAAACCCAGUGCCCUGCUGGUUACACCAAAAUUACCAAUGGGACUGGGAUACCAGACUGCAGGUAUUAUCUAGAAAUUAAAACCCACACACUUUCGUUCCCGGGAUGUCGGCAUCAUUGUAUGAAGGAAUUUGAACAACCUGAGUGCUGCCAGGGACAUUGGGGCCCAGACUGCAUAGCCUGUCCGGGAGGAGCUGCAGCACCUUGUAACAGGAGAGGACACUGCUCCCAGGGUAUAAAUGGAGAUGGAACAUGCACUUGUCAGAAAGGAUUUGGUGGGACAGCCUGUGAAAAAUGUGCUGAAGAUAAUUUGUUUGGUCCUCACUGCACAUCAAUCUGCAACUGUGUUCAUGGAGUGUGCAACAGUGGAAUUACAGGGGAUGGAAGAUGCACUUGCUUGUCUGGAUACAAAGGUCUCAGCUGUGAUCAGCCAAUAGCUGAAUGCGAGGCCUUGCGGUGCCCUGCAAACUCCAGAUGCACUGCCUCAAGUGAGGAUGGAGGACAACUGCAAUGCACAUGUCUGCCCAACUACCACAAGGACGGUACACAAUGUGAACCUAUCAACCCAUGCUCCAAAAAGGUCUGCGAUCCUAACGCCUACUGCAUUUACUUCGGACCAAAUCGGCAUGAAUGUAGCUGUCGAGAAGGUUACAGAGGGGAUGGUCAAGUCUGCUUACCUAUAGACCCUUGCCAAGCUACAUAUGGGAAUUGCCCUGCACAGUCCACCAUUUGCAUAUAUGACGGUCCAGGAAAGUCCCACUGUGAAUGCAAGGAGCACUAUACAAACUUUGUACCUGGGAAAGGAUGCAGCAUGACAGACAUCUGUGAAACAAACAACACCUGCCAUAAAAAUGCUAAAUGCUCCAUGGCUGCACCAGGACAGAUUACGUGUACAUGCCAGGGGGGAUCCGUGGGGAAUGGAUUUGUGUGCUACGGAAACAUCAUAGAGCGCCUCCAAGACCUGAAUGCCGAAGUGGGAGGACGGUGGCAAGGCAAGCUGACAUCUGCCUUAUCACUCAUGGAAAACGUCUAUGAAUGGCCACUGAGUACUCUGGGACCAUUUACCGUGCUCGUACCAACAAACAAGGGACUCAAAGGUACAAAUAUAAAGGAUCUUCUGAAUAAUAAACAGAAAGCACAGUACUUUGUGAAACUCCAUAUAAUUGCUGGUCAACUGAAUACCAAUAGCUUGAAUGAUACUAAUGUAAUAUAUACUUUGACUGGAAAGUCAGGAGAGAUAACAAAGGGAGAAAAGGAUAAUCAAUUAAGAAUUAGAAUCCAAGGAGGAAGGAGGAAAGGAAAACUUUUAGAGGGAAAUAUUAUUGCUUCCAAUGGGAUUCUGCACAUUAUUGACAAAGCCAUGGACAACGUGGAGCCAACAUUUGAAAGCAGCAAAGAGGAAACCAUAAUGUCAGUACUUCAAGGUAAUGAAAGAUACAGCCAAUUUACAUCUUUGAUAGAGAAAACUGGCCUGGGAAUGGACUUACAGGAAGACAACAUACCUUACACAGUCUUUGUUCCAAGUAAUGAGGCUCUGAGUAAUAUGAAAGCUGAGGCUCUGGAUUACCUCCUUUCUACAGAGGGUUCAUGGAAGCUGCUGGAACUGGUCCGAUACCACAUUGUCUCCAAUACUGAGCUAGAGGUUGCCAGCCUUGUCUCCAUAGAGCACAUCAGAAGCAUGGCAAAGCAGUUCAUUUACUUUAACAGGACCAGCACUGGACAAGUCUUGGUGAGCGGAGAAGAAAUGGAAGAAACAGAUAUUGUUGCAAAAAAUGGUCGCAUUUAUACUCUUGCAGGAGUCCUUAUUCCACCCACAAUUGUUCCAAUUCUACCACAUCGGUGUGACAAUACAAGAAGUCAAGUCACAAUGGGUGUCUGUACAAGUUGUUUAUCACAUGCAUUGGCUCCCUGUCCGCAGGAUUCAAAGCCCAUCCCUUUCUUAAAACGGAGAUGCAUUAUUGAAGGCCCAACCUUUCAAAAAACCGGCUGUGCUAGAGCCUGCAAUAUAACAAUAAAGGAGCCAAAGUGUUGCAAAGGCUUCUUUGGCCCUGACUGCAGUUCAUGUCCAGGAGGUUUCUCCAAGCCCUGCUCAGGAAAUGGACAGUGCAUGGAUGGCCUGGGUGGAAAUGGGACCUGCAUUUGUGCUGAGGCAUUUCAAGGCUCACACUGUCAGUUCUGCUCAGACCCUGGCAAAUAUGGACCUCAGUGUGACAAAGAGUGCCUCUGUGUUUAUGGGAAGUGCGAUAACCGAAUAGACAGUGACGGGAUCUGUCUUCCUGGAUCAUGCAGAAGUGGAUACACGGGGAAACUCUGUGAUAAGCAGAUUGUUCCCUGUGAGCCCUCCCUCCACCUCUGCCAUGCACAUGCAGACUGUCAGCUUAGCGAUGGUGUAGUGAGCUGUGUUUGCAAACCUGGCUACGAGGGAGAUGGCAUAAGCUGCAGCAAAGCUGAUCCUUGUGCUGCUUUAAACCCAGGUGGCUGUAAUAUCAAUGCUGAGUGCAUUCAGGUGGGCCCAGGAGAGCACACAUGCAUUUGCCAACCAGGAUGGACAGGUGAUGGAAGGGACUGUUCAGCCAUCAACAACUGCCUGCUGCCCACCUCAAUGUGCCACGAGAAUGCCACCUGCAUAUACGUUGGGCCGGGUCAGAAUGACUGCAAGUGUAAGGAUGGAUUUCGAGGGAAUGGAAUUGAAUGCACACCCAUAAACUCAUGCCUGGAACAAAAUGGAAAAUGCCAUCACCUGGCAACUUGUCAGUUUGAAUCUUCACGUGGCUGGAAGUGCGUGUGCCCAAAGGGCUAUGAAGGAGAUGGUAGAAUAUGCUAUGGAAAUGCUGCAGAUGAGUUAUCCACUCUAUCAGAAGCAGCAACAUUUAACCAAUGGGUUAAUGAGGCUGAGAUAAACUCGGUGUUGUCCACCACCUCAAACCUAACUGUCCUCGUGCCUUCUCUUCAAGCAAUUGAAAAUAUGGAUGAAGAUGAGAAAGCCUUUUGGAUGUCAAAGAGUAACAUCCCAACUCUGCUGAAGUAUCAUGUAUUGACAGGAUCCUACAGCUUUGCUGAUUUCCAGAAUUUAUCAUCCUCCGAUAUGCUGCCAACAUCUCUACAGAGCAACUUCUUACACUUGUCUAAAGAAAAUGGGAGCCUCACCCUCGAGGGUGCUCACAUCGUGGCUGGUGACAUCACAUCCACCAACGGGAUCAUACAUGUUAUCGAUAAGGUUCUGACCCCUCUCCGCAGCACCGUCAUGCCAAGGCUGCUGGCCCGCCUAGAGCAAAUGCCCGAUUACUCCAUUUUCAGAGGCUACAUUAUUCAAUACAGCCUGGCAAAUGAAAUAGAAGCUGCAAACACAUAUACAGUCUUUGCCCCAAAUAAUGAUGCCAUAGAAAGUUACCUAAGGGAUAAAAAGUCUGCUACUCUGGACGAAAGCCAAAUCCGCUAUCACAUCGUGCUGGAUGAGAAGCUCCUGAAGAACAACCUUCACAAUGGCAUGCACAGGGAGACCAUGCUGGGGUUCUCCUACCAGGUUGGGUUCUUCCUCCACAACAGCCAGCUAUUCAUAAAUGAUGCACCUAUAAGCUAUACAAAUGUCGCAACAGACAAAGGAAUUAUUCACGGUUUGGGAAAAGUCCUGGAAAUCCAGAAGAAUAGAUGUGAUAUCAAUGAUACCAUGAUCACUGAAAAAUGCAGAAUUUGUUCAAAGCCAGCAAGUUGUCCCCCAGGAACAAAAGAAAUAGCAGGGGAGAAGAAAUACUGCGUCCUCUCGGAAAACAACAUGAGAAUCUACACCAUCCAGAUCGGGUGCCAAUCAAAGUGUGCUAAAACUAUCAUUACCAGGGAGUGCUGCGCAGGUUUCUUUGGGCAGCAGUGCCAGCCCUGCCCAGGGAAAGCGGGGAAUGCCUGCUUCGGAAACGGCGUCUGCCUGGAUGGCAUCAAUGGCACAGGCACCUGCGAGUGCGGAGAGGGGUUUGUUGGCACAGCCUGUGAAAGCUGCAUUGAAGGCAAAUACGGCCGCAACUGUGAUCAAGCAUGCGCUUGUGUCCACGGGAAGUGCAGCAGCGGGAUUGAUGGGGACGGCUCCUGUGAAUGCAACGUUGGCUGGAGAGGAGUGACAUGCGAGACUGAAAUUAAAGACGACGCAUGUAACGCCUCAUGCCAUACCAGUGCUAACUGCCUUCUCCUAUCAAAUGGCACUGCCUAUUGCAAAUGUGCAGCUGGGUUCGAGGGGAAUGGAACAUUCUGCACAGCUAUUGACGCUUGCAAGAGCGGCAACAGUGGCUGCUCUGCCAAAGCAGAGUGCAGAAGAACUACGCCUGGCAAUAGAGUAUGUGUCUGCAAUGCUGGGUACACUGGAGAUGGGAUAGUCUGCGUCGAACUCAAUCCUUGUCUGGAGAAUAAUGGUGGAUGCGAUAGAAACGCAGAAUGCACACAGACAGGACCCAAUCAAGCAGUGUGUAAUUGCUUGAAGGGAUACUCUGGAGAUGGUAAAAGAUGCACAUACAUCAGUCUGUGUUCACAAAAUAAUGGAGGCUGCAGUGAGUUUGCCAUCUGUAAUGACACAGAGCUGACAGAAAGGACCUGCACCUGCAAGCAGAACUACAUUGGGGAUGGAUUUAAGUGCCGAGGCAAUAUCUUCCAGGAACUUCUCAGGGACUCCAACACAUCUAGGUUUUAUUUUCACUUAGAGGCCUUGUCUAUCAGAGAUAUUGCAGGACCUGGCCCUUUCACUCUGUUUGUACCUCACACGGACAUACUGAAGAGUGACCCACGAGUCAAGGACUGGAUUGCCAGAGGAGUGUUGGCCCAAGUCCUCCGGUACCAUAUGGUGGGCUGUGCCAGUCUGUUGUACAACGACCUGACAUCAAUCACCAAUAUCACUUCUCUCCACGGGGACCCAAUACACAUCAGCUACUCUCAGAACUCGCUGGUUUUGAACAACAAAGCUGAAGUUAUAGUCAGCGAUGCUGUUGGCACAAAUGGCGUAAUCCAUGUCAUAAACCAAAUUCUGGUCCCAUCGCAUAUGCAGGAUUUCCCCCUUAAGAAGGAAAGCCUUAAAAUGGUUGCAGCCAAACAUGGGUACAUCCUGUUCAGCACCUUGCUAGAGAAAAACAACCUGCUUGGGCUGAUCAACGAUCCUAUUCACAAACCCGUCACGCUCUUCUGGCCCACAGACACAGCUAUCCGUGGGCUGCCACAGGAGCAGCAGGACUUCCUUUUCAAGAAGUCCAACACAGACAAACUGGUGCAGUACCUUAAAUUCCACAUCGUCCGUGACGCUGCUGUGUUGGCCUACCAGCUACCCCACUCCACCUCACUGAAGACCCUGCAGGGCUCCAACCUCAGCAUUAGCUGCGGGGAUAACGGGGAGAUUGGUGCACUUUUCCUGAACGACAGACAUUGUAAGAUAGUGCAGCGGCAGCUGGAGUUUGAUGGGGGCAUCGCCUAUGGCAUCGACUGCCUGCUGAUGGACCCCAGCCUGGGGGGACGCUGCGACAGCUUCUUCACCGUGGAUUUCAUGGGGCAUUGUGUUAGCUGUUUCAGUAAUUCUAAAUGCCCUCCAGGGACAAAACCAAAGGAAGGGAUCCACUGGUGCACAUACGAGUCCUAUGGGCUGCGGAGGGAUGGCUGCCGUAGGAACUGCUCCAUGGUCAUCCACACAGCCAAGUGCUGCAAGGGCUACUUCGGGCCAGACUGCCAAGCUUGCCCAGGGGGCUCAGAAACCCCAUGCAAUAACCACGGCUCCUGCCAUGAUGGGUACACCGGAACAGGAGAGUGCCGCUGCGACAGCGGCUUCAACGGGACUUCAUGCGAGCUGUGUUUGCCAGGCAGAUAUGGCUUCAACUGCAGGGCCUGUGAAUGCAAGAACAAUGGGCAGUGCGAUGAAGGAUACUCAGGAACAGGACGAUGUUUCUGUGAAACAGGAUGGACUGGCCGGCUGUGUGAAACCAAACUAGCUCUGCCACCAGUGUGUUCCCCGAACUGCUCCACCAACGCCGUCUGCUUGGAGAACAACACAUGUCAGUGCAAGCCGUUUUACAACGGGGAUGGGCUCACGUGCACGGCUGCAGACCUUUGCAAACAAAACAACGGCGGGUGCCACAGGGCAGCCGAAUGCACACAGCUCGGGGUGAAAGUCUUCUGCAGCUGCCAGAAAGGGUACAAAGGCGAUGGCUUCACAUGCCUUCCAAUAAAUCCUUGUGCUGAUGGGUUCAACGGUGGCUGCCAUGAGCACGCCAUUUGCACCGUCAUAGGACCUGACAAACGCAAGUGCCAAUGUAAAAAUAACUACAUUGGUGAUGGGCUGAACUGCUCCGUGAUGCAGCUUCCUCUCGACCGCUGCUUGCAAGACAAUGGGCAGUGCCACCCUGACGCCGACUGUGCCGAUCUCCACUUCCAAGAUACCACUGUUGGGGUUUUCCACUUACGGUCCCCACAGGGGCAGUACAAAAUGACUUAUGAGAAGGCAAAGGAGGCCUGUGCCAAUGAGUCAGCCACCGUCGCGACGUAUAACCAGCUGCUGUAUGCUCAGAAGGCGAGGUACCACCUGUGCGCUGCUGGCUGGCUAGAUGGCCAGAGGGUGGGCUACCCAACUGCCUUCUCGUCCCCAAACUGCGGCUCCGGGUACGUUGGCAUUGUGGACUAUGGAAAAAGAGUCAACCUGAGUGAAACCUGGGAUGUCUUCUGCUACAGGGAGAAAGAGGUGAACUGCACCUGCAAGCCGGGCUACGUGGGGGAUGGCUCCUCCUGCAGCGGGAACUUGCUGCAAGUGCUGACGUCCUUCCCAACGCUGACCAACUUCUUGUCGGACAUCAUGGCUUACUCUAACAGCUCUAGGAAGGGGAGGGAGUUCCUGCGGUACCUCACAGACCUGUCAGUGCACGCCACUCUCUUUGCUCCAAACGAUAGCGGGUUAAGGGAAAAUGAGACACUUUCUGGGCGAGACAUCGAGUAUCAUUUAUCUAAUGUCAGUGUCAUGUUUUAUGAGGACCUGACCAACGGAACCACCCUCCUAACUCGUCUAGGGGAAAAACUCCUCAUUACAAACACCGGGGGCCAGGAACAUCAAGCCCCCACUGCUGAACAGGGUGAGAUCAGACACGUGGACAGAAGUGCUAUUGUUGAGUGGGAUAUAAUUGCUUCCAAUGGGAUAAUCCAUAUCAUUUCAGAGCCUUUAAAGGCUCCGCCAGCACCUGCUUCUCUCCAUGCCAGUACUGGGACAGGAAUAUUCUUUGGCAUCUGCCUGGUUACUGGAAUUGUGGCUUUUAUUGGAUAUUCAUACCUCAGGUUCAGGAAGAGAAACACAGCCUUCCAGCACUUCCAGUCAAAAGAUGAGACUGACGUAACCUCGCUGGACAAGUCACACCCUUCAAAUAUCACCAACCCCUCAUACGAAAGUUCGUCUGCACUGACUCCACCAGAACCUACUUAUGAUCUUUUCUCAGAUUCAGAUGACCAGCAGCUUGUGAUGAGUGGUCCUCAUGAUCAGAAUUAA